UGAUGUUGGCAAUAGUCCUCCAAUAGUAAGAGAGAUCAAGAAUUAAGGGAAACUACUUCAACUUGACAUAUAGUCCAUUCUCUAUAAAUUAGCUUCCUCAUAAUGUUAAGCUAUAACAAGAAAGUAAAAAAAAAAAUAUCAGUUGCGCUCAGAUACAAUAUUUAUUUUUGCCUAGCUAAAAGUAUAGUUUGAAGAGCUGCCAGAAAAAGUAAAAAAAUUGAUCUUAUAGACUUAACGACGAAAAAACUAUGGAAGUGGAUAAGGUUCAUGUUAGAGAGGAACCAAAGUAUGGAGGAAUCAAGGCCAUGCCCUUCAUUAUAGGGAAUGAGACCUUUGAGAAGCUUGGGACGAUUGGAACGUCAGCGAAUCUCUUGGUUUACUUAACGACUAUCUUCAACAUGAAGUCAAUUACAGCUACUAACCUCAUUAACGUCUUCAAUGGCACUUGCAACUUUGGAACUCUGCUUGGAGCAUUCCUUUCUGACACUUACUUAGGUCGAUACAAGACACUGGGGAUUGCUUCUAUAUCUUCUUUCACGGGCAUGUUGAUUCUGACGCUAACAGCUGCAAUAUCGAAAUUGCAUCCUCCUCAAUGUGGAACUGAAGAAAAAAGCAUUUGCCUUGAACCAACUACAGGGCAAUUAGCUUUCUUACUAUGUGGAUUUGGUUUUCUAGUUGUAGGGGCUAGUGGCAUAAGGCCAUGCAAUUUAGCUUUUGGGGCUGAUCAAUUUAAUCCCAAUACAGAAUCAGGUAGAAGGGGAACUAACAGCUUCUUCAAUUGGUACUACUUCACCUUCACUUUCGCCAUGAUGGUAUCGUUGACUGUCAUCGUGUACAUCCAGUCGAGUGUGAGUUGGGCUAUUGGAUUGGCUAUUCCAACAUUCCUAAUGCUCUUGUCAUGCGUUUUCUUCUUUGUUGGUACCAAAAUUUAUGUCAUGAUUUUACCCGAGGGUAGUCCAUUGACAAGUUUGGUGCAAGUGCUCGUAGCUGCAAUAAAGAAAAGGCGCUUAAAGUUACCAGAACAACCACAGCAUACCUUGUUCAAUCACGUAUCUAUCAAGACUAUCAACUCUGAACUUCCUUACACAGAUCAAUUUAGGUUCUUGAAUAAAGCAUGUAUUUUAACCCCAGAAGACGAAAUAAAGGAAGAUGGAUCAGCAGGCAAUCCAUGGAGACUUUGUAGCAUCCAACAAGUGGAAGAAGUGAAAUGUGUUGUAAGAGUACUCCCAAUAUGGACAGCUGGCUUGAUAUACUACGUAGUUCUAGUCCAGAUGCAGACUUAUGUAGUCUUUCAAACUCUGCAAAGCGAUAGGCGUCUUUACAGUGCUAGUAAGUUCAAGAUCCCAGCAGCAUCCUACACGGUCUUCUCCAUGCUGAGCUUGUCUAUUUGGAUACCUAUUUAUGACAGAAUAAUCGUGCCAUUUCUCCGAAAGAUCACCAAGAAAGAAGCAGGAAUAACAGUACUCCAAAAAAUGGGGAUCGGUUUGGUUAUUGCAGUUUUCACUAUGCUAGUAUCAGCUGUAGUUGAAACUCGACGAAGGAACACAGCACUUAGUCAUCCAACGCUAGGGAUUGAACCAAGACAAGGCGCAAUUUCAGCCAUGUCUGCUAAUUGGUUGAUUCCUCAACUAGCUCUUGCAGGGCUUUCGGAAGCCUUUACCAUCAUAGCACAAGUUGAGUUUUUCUACAAGCAGUUCCCAGAAAACAUGAGGAGCUUUGGAGGGUCAUUCUUGUUUUGCGGAUUCGCAUUGGCUAGUUACGUUAGCAGCUUGCUGAUAUCAAUAGUUCACGAGACAACAAGAAUAUCAGAUACAGAGAAUUGGUUAGCAGAGGAUCUAAACAAGGGGAGAUUGGAUUAUUUUUACUACUUAGUUGCUGGAUUGGAGAUUUUGAAUAUUGGAUACUUUCUUAUAUGCUCCAACUGGUACAAGUACAAAGGAACACAAAAUGAUCACAAUCUUGAAGUCUCCAUGGACAAAUUAGAGCCCACAAAACCUAUAGUUUGAUUAAAUACUUUCACUUUUUUUCUUCUUAAUAAAAAUACAUAUUAAUUUAGUCA